AUCAUUAUGAGGAUGUGUGACAGAGGUAUCCAGAUGCUGAUCACCACCCUGGGGGCCUUUGCAGCGUUCAGCCUCAUGACCAUCGCGGUGGGCACAGACUACUGGCUGUAUUCCAGGGGGGUGUGCAGGACUAAGUCCACAAACGACAAUGACACCAGCAGGAAGAACGAGGAAGUCAUGACCCACUCGGGCUUGUGGAGGACCUGCUGCCUGGAAGGGACAUUCCGAGGAAUCUGUAAGCAAAUAAAUCAUUUUCCAGAAGAUGCCGACUAUGAACAGGAUGCAGCUGAAUACCUCCUACGUGCAGUGAGAGCAUCAAGCAUCUUCCCCAUCCUGAGCGUGGGUCUUCUGUUCUUUGGAGGCCUGUGUGUGGCAGCCAGUGAGUUUUACAAGAGCAAACUCAACGUCAUCCUGAGUGCAGGGAUCUUUUUUGUAUCAGCAGGGCUAAGCAACAUCAUUGGGAUUAUAGUUUACAUCUCAGCAAACGCUGGGGACCCUGGGCAGAGCGACUCCAAAAAGAGUUACUCCUACGGCUGGUCCUUCUACUUUGGAGCCUUAUCCUUCAUCAUUGCCGAGAUGGUGGGGGUCAUCGCUGUCCACAUGUACAUUGAGAAGCAUCGGCAGAUCCGAGCCAAGUCUCACUCUGUGGCACUGCUGAAGAAGUCCACCUUUGCCCGCUUGCCAACCUACCGAUACCGGUUCCGAAGGAGAUCCAGCUCCCGUUCCACAGAGCCAAGGUCAAGGGAUUUGUCUCCUAUUGGCAAAGGCUUCAACACUAUCCCUUCCACCGAUAUCUCCAUGUUCACCCUCUCCAGGGAUCCUUCCAAGGUGACUAUUGGGACACUGCUCAACUCAGAGAGAGAUCAUGGGUUUUUACAGAUUCACAACUCCCUCCCCAAAGAGUUCAAGGAGUCUUUGCAUAACAAUCCAGCCAACAGACGAACCACUCCAGUCUGAGGCCAGACAUUGUCCCUGGUUAGCCGUGAAUUCUGGCAGUCAGAGCAGCCCUACUGGGUGCCAUGUAUAGAGGUGUAUCGUUGAGACUGCAUGACAUGACCCACUCCCCCUGUGAUGGUGUAACCAGUGAAACUUUGUUUUUAAAAAGAAACCCUAGAUGACCACCCCACCCCGCUCUCAGGGGCAGCCUGGGUUGGAUUUUUGUUUCGUUUCGUUUUGAAAUCCUAAAUUGCCUAUUGCUCGGCCAAGCUACAGUGGCUUGGGUUUGACUGCAUUUGGGUCUCCCAAAAUCCCACAUCUCUCAUUCUCUGACCAAGAAUGGACAUUGCGCGUUGCCAUGCGCACAGUGAAAGGGGUGCCCAGUGGACUGCCAAGAUGGUGGCUGCUUGGAGGCCCUUUCAGGAAGGUGGAAAGUGACACUGGUGCU